CAGCAUGUGCAUCAGUAGAAAUCGAGAAAAUAAAUUAUAUUUAAUUUAAUACCAUUGCAGUGAGUGGAUAGUAUUAGAGAAAAUACUUACAUAGAGUUUGUUACAAUUCAUUUACUGAAGAAAGAAGAAAAAGAAGAAGAAGAGCUAUAUGGCAGUGGAAGAGGCUGUUGUUUCUUUUGUGAUUGAAAGGCUUGGAGACUUUCUCAUAAAUGAGGCCAAGUUCUUGUAUGGAGUCAAAGGCCAAGUCGAGAAUGCAAAGAUCAAGCUGCAAUGUAUGAGAGCUUUCUUGAAAGAUGCAGAUGCUUUUGUAAGAAAUGGUGAUGAGAGAGUAAGCCUUUUGGUUGUCCAAAUCAGAGAAAAUUCUUAUGCCUUGGAGGAUGUUAUCGAAACUUAUGUCUUCAAAGUGGCUUCUUCUAAUCAUGGAACUAUCAGACGUGCACUGAAAUGGUGUGUUAGCAUUGUUGAUGUGUAUAGAGUUGGAUCAAAGAUAAAGGAGAUCUCAUCCAACAUUGAUACUUGGACGUUGCAAUUAGAAAUAUUUGGAGUACAAAAAUCAAUAGACAAGGCUGAUGAAGCUUCGUCAAGCUAUGUCCAAGAGCGAAGACAGUUGAGGCAAGCUUAUUCUUAUGUUGAAGACAACCAUGUUGUUGGAUUCGAUGAAGACAUUGAAGAGUUGGUAGCCCUUUUGACUGAAAAAGAGAACCCUCAUAAGCAUAAGGUGAUUUCGAUAUGUGGGAUGGGUGGUUUGGGGAAGACUACUCUUGCAAGAAAGGUCUAUCAGCAUCCUGAUGUGAGGGAACACUUUGAUUGUCAUGCUUGGGCCUCAAUUUCUCAGCAAUGUAAUACACGCCAUGUCUUGGAAACGAUUUUAUUUGCUUUCGCCUCUCCCACCAAAGAAAGAAGAGAAGAAAUUAAAAUGACAAGCGAUGAUGAACUGGCCAAGGAGCUUUACAUCUUUCAGAAACAGAAAAAAUGUUUGGUGGUCCUUGAUGAUAUAUGGACCGCUGCAACAUGGGAUCUUCUAAAACAUGCAUUCCCUACUACUCAAGGAGACACACAUAGCAAGGUCUUACUCACUACUCGGAAUAAGGCUGUAUCUUUCCAUGCAGAUCAACAUGGUUUCAUCCAUGAACCUCAUUUGCUCAAUGAUAAGGAGAGUUGGGAGCUGUUUCAGAACAAGUACUCCUGUGUUGGAACAGAUCCAUCAAAUUUAAAUGAUGAUGAAAGGAAGAAAGAACUAGCAUUAGAGAUGCUUAAAAAGUGCUCUGGUCUGCCAUUAGCCAUCAUUGUGCUUGCCGGGCUUCUAUCUAGGAAACACACCCUAUAUGACUGGGAGCUGAUGAAAAGAAACGUAACUCGCUGCAUAGUUCAAGGUGAUCAACAACAUGAUGUUGACUCAAGAUACAGUAGUAUUUUGUGGGUGUUAGGUUUGAGUUACAGUGAGUUACCAUCUCACUUAAAGCCUUGUUUUUUGUACUUGGCUCGUUACGCUGAAGAUGUCACAAUAAGAGUAAAAGAGUUAUGUCAUAUACUCAUAGCAGAAGGUUUUAUAUUGGUAAGAGGAGGUUCUAUGGAAACCUUGGAGGAUGUGGCGUAUGAUUGGUUAAGCGAGUUGGUGGAGAGGAGCAUGAUUCAGGUAAAAGAAAUGAGUUCGACAGGAAGAAUAAAAUCAUUUUGCAUUCAUGAUCUCAUGCGAGAUUUGUGCGUUUCUAAAGCUCAAGAUGAAAACUUUAUGCAUUUUAUUGAUUGGGGGAAUAAAGGAGAAGAACCAACAGAAACAAAUGUUAGAAGAAUUUCCAUCUAUGUUAAUGGAAGUUCUGAUUAUGAUUUUAUUCGUAUGGGUCGAAAUAUAGAUGUCUCUUUGAGGUGCCUUACCGUACAUGGUGAGAGACUUGCAUUCAAACAAGGAGUGUUGAGAUAUGUGUGCAAUCACUUUUUGAUGCUUAGAGUUUUGAUUAUUCAUAACAAGUUUUGCGAUGGCUUACACAUGAAGCUGCCUAAACAAAUUGGGAAUCUGAUCCAUCUAAGGUUAUUAAGUAUUCCUUGUUGGGAGAUUGUAAAGAUUCCAUCUUCUUUUGGCAAUUUAAGAUGCCUGCAAACUUUGAGAAUAUGUAUUGAUUAUGGUACAAUACCAAAUUCAAUGUACAAGUUAGAACAGUUGAGGCAUCUACAUUUUUUAACUCCAGUUGGUGGCAUGGAAUUCGGCCAAUUCUUGAGAUCAACUAAGUCAAGAAGUUUACAAACAUUGGUAAAUAUUAGUACCAAGAAUCUUUUUAUGAGUGAUCUUCUACAGCUGGAGAAUCUAGAGAAAUUACGACUUCAUGUGGAUGGAAACUUUGAGACAUUCUUACAUAAUCCCCAAGCUCUCACAUUCACUCGUCUUCUCUCUUUACAAGUGAGGAAUUAUCGUCAUGAUGCCAUCACGAUAGAUAUUGUUCCAUUGAUAUCAAGCUGUCCUCAAAUGUAUAAGCUUAGAGUGUACUCGCCUGUAGUAAGAUUACCACAAGCCAACCAAUUCUCCCAAAAUCUGAUGAAGCUAAAGUUGAUUGAUCUAAGACUUGAGGAUGAUCCAAUGCCAACAUUAGAAAAGCUGCCAAAAUUAAGAGUUCUUGUCAUUAGUAAUUAUAGCUUUAUGGGGGAAGAGAUGGUGUGCUCGAAAGGAGGUUUCCCUCGACUUGAAUCUCUUCAGCUUAGUUUUCUGGUAAACUUGAAAGAGUGGAAAGUGGAGGAGAGUGCAUUGCCUACACUUGCCUAUUUGACUAUUAGUGAUUGCAGGAGAUUGAGGAGAGUCCCAGAUGGACUAAAAAACAUCAAGACACUCAAUGAGAUGGUCAUAGAUUUUAUGCCUACGAAAUUCAAAGAAAGGAUGGAGGAAGGAGGAGAUGAUUUCUUCAAAGUCAAGCACAUCACAUCUCGUGUAUUUACCAACUGUAAUACAGAUUCAGAGUAGGCAACAUCUUUGGGCUAUAGAAUCAAAUCAAAUCAACAUUUGGAGGAUACAAUCAGUCUGUUAAAUGUUAAAUGUGUGUUUUAAUUCCCUGCAGGAUCUGGCUUUUUUGUUUCUACUAUUGAAUAAUAUUUGGAUUGUGUUGUGUUGUUGUGUGUCUUAAUUAAUGUUUCACAACUCCAAACUUGAAGUGAAGCAUGAUCAUGUCCUUUAAAUAUAU